CCACGAGUGGCGCUGAUACUCAUUCGAGUUGUCAUUUGUUUUCAGAGGCAUUUUUUCAUGCUAUUGGAAAAUUGUGAAAUUCUCGUUAAAUCCGAGAAGCCUUGCCGUGAAAAAACAGUGAUAAUUGUUGGGAGAAUCUAGUGUAGCAAAUUGAUGUUAAGAUUUAGUCUGGGGAAGGUGGAAUUGUGUGAAAAUUUAGUGAAAUAGUUGAGGACAAAAGUGGCACAUUGACGCCAUUUUCACGGAAAAAUCUUGUGAGAUUACUCAGAAAAUCCUCAAUAAUUCAGCUUUUAGAUGGAUUCAAUGGGAUAUAAGAUGGAUUCGGGCUACAAGACAAAACGUAGCAAAGAUGAUCGCGACCGGGAUUAUGGGAGAAGUCGCAGGAGUCGUAGUCGAAGCCGGUCAAGGGACCGAUAUGGCAGGUCAAGACGCAGCAGGACAAGAAGCAGGAGCCGAAGUCGCAGCCGGGGGAGGUACUCGUAUGAAAAACGCCGGAGCACAGAGAGGGAUUUGUACAAGGACCUAAUCACCGAUGACUAUGGUGAUCGCGAUAAGGGAUACUAUAGUCACCGUGAGAGAGACAGAAGGGACAGGGACGGGAGGAACCGGCGUCGCAGCUAUUCGCCCAAUUUUGAGGAUGAAUACGAUAGUCACGACAGUGACACUGGAGAGAGAUACACCACGCAAAUCCCCUACAAUAAAAUAAUCGUGAGAGGAUUGGCCCAGCACAUCACGGAAGCAGAUAUCAGCAGUGAUUUAAUGCAGUAUGGGCUGAAACCCGUGUCCAUUCGUUUGAUAAGGAGGAAGAAAACAGGUGCUUCACGAGGAUUCGCAUUUGUCGAGUUUAAUACUGAACAGGAGGCAACACGUUGGAUGGAAUAUAAGCAGGGCAUUAUAAUGCUUCAGGAUCAAUAUCGUGCUGUUAUGCAAUACAGUAUAACCAAGGAGCCUCCCUGCGUGACGAAGGAUAAAUACGUUACAGAUUGGUAUUGUGCCAAGUGCGGUGUGUUGAAUUUUAAGCGACGCGACAAUUGCUUCAAGUGCUACGCUUCGCGGGAGGAGAGCGAGAAAGGUGGCGAAGGGAGUGAUGAAGUCAGCAAUAUUCUAACAAAAAAAAUCAUGUUGAGGAAUUUGGACGUGUUGACAAAUGAAGAGGGUGUAUUGACGGUGAUGCAGGAAGUUGUACCGACACUUGUAUCAAAAAUCUCCAAAAUUCUUAUAUGUCGUGAUCCCUUGACAUCAACAUCGCGUGGUGUAUGCUAUCUAUCUUUUGACAAUUUAGUUGAUUCUAUGAAUACACACAAUGCCCUUAAGGGACUCGAACCACCACUAAAGAUUGAGAAUCGUGAAGUUUUGAUAUCAUAUUGUGUUGAUCCGGAAAAUCCAAAUUCAUCGAAGCAGCAGCAGCAACAAUUGAAUUCAAAGACACCACACGAUGAUUCAUCUGGGAAUUACCAAGGUAGCAAUACUUAUCAAUAUACAAUGGCUGAUGUACCACGUUUGGCGGAAUACAGUGCAAAUAUGUAUGCGUCAAAUACGAUUGAGCAUGAGCAUUACUUGAAGUACUAUACACAGUACUAUAUGGGACAGAUAUCGAAAGGACAAUUUAGCAAUUUGCCGACACAAUCUCAAAUGGGGGGUGAGACAGCAAAUUCGGGUGCUGCUGUAGCUCAGUCAGCCAUACAGAGGAAACAGAUUGCUCAACAAGGUGGAAAAUAUCAUGGGAAGGGGGGUAGUGAUGGUGGUAGUGGUAGUGGUGGGGGUAGUAGGGGUAGUGGAGGUGGUGGUAGUAGUGGUGAUACAUCAACAAAUUCCGGCAAUUCAGCAGUAGCACCACCACUUCAGAUACCCAAAGGGACAGAUGGAAAGAAAUAUCCAACACCCGAUGUCUCACUCUAUCAAUAUGAUGAGACAUCGGGAUUUUACUAUGAUCCUACCACUGGACUGUAUUACGAUGCACACUCACAGUAUUACUACAAUAGUGAGAUCAAUGCAUAUUUGUACUGGGACAAUGACAAUAGUACAUAUGUCUUAGCACCAAGUAGUGCAUCUCAAGCAUCUUCAUCUGCAGCAUCUAGUGGUGGUCAUAUGGGUACUGAGAGUGAAGGAGAGGCAUCAUCAAAGCAGGCGUCAACAUCAAUGGUGGGUGGGGAGGAAGUGUUGAGAAAGGAGGGAAAGAAGGAAGUGGCUAAACAGGAUAAAGUGAAAGUGGCAAAAAAAAUUGUGAAAGAUAUGGAAAAGUGGGCAAAACAACUAAAUCAGAAGAAAGAUAUGAAUAUGAUGACACCAAUGGUUGUCAACAAGGAAGAUAAUGGAAGUGUCGGAGGUGGACAUGGAAAGGCUAAUAGUCAAAGUGGCUAUGCUGAUGUUGGUUUUAGUAUAUUGGAGAAGAAGGAUAAGGGUAAUUUGAAAUUUGGCAUAAAUGAUAAUUCUUCGGGAAAAUUGGUGGCAGCUUAUGGUUCUGAUUCAGAAAAUGAUCAAGAUGAUGGUCACGAUGGUGGUGGUAGUGGUGGUUUUGUUGCUCCGGCAAAUGAAAAAGACUAUGUGGAUUUUGAUAAAUUAACGUGUCUAUUGUGCAAGAGAGCAUUCCAAUCACCAGAUAUACUGCAGAAACAUCUACAAAAAUCAACACUUCAUCUUGAAAAUAUGCGAAAAUACAAUUUAGCCAGAGGUUCUGGUGGUGGUGAUUCUGCUGGUGGUGCAGGACAAUCGUAUAGGGAUCGUGCACAUGAGAGGCGUAUGAAGUAUGGUGAACCAGAUCCACCACCAGUUAAUCGUAGCAAAGAACGCUUUCAGCGGGAGAUUGAGAAGAAAACAAGUACAGCUGCAACAGCUGCAUCGACAAGUGUACCAAUUGGGCAGAAUAAUGUUGGCAAUAAAUUGCUGCAGAAAAUGGGGUGGACUGAAGGGCAGGGACUGGGUAGGAGUAAUCAGGGACGCACAAAUAUCAUUGAGACGGAAAGUCGAGCACCAGCAGCGGGUUUGGGUACAAAAGCGAGUGCUUUUGGUCCUGGAGACGAUUACAAAUCCUACAUAAAACGUAUGAUGAAGACGAGAUAUGAACAAGUGGAUAUCAAGGAUUAAUUUUAUUGUGGAAAUUCUAUUGGGGGGGGGGGAGUUGGAUUAAGUGGAGAAUCACCGUGAGUAUAGAUAAAUGUAACUUAUCUUUUAUAUAAUACAAUUUGUAUAAAUUUUGCUAAUAUAUAAAUCGUCCCUUCUUUUUCUACGAAAAAAAAAACAAUAUGUCCCUGAAUGUGUGAAAAAUAAUUUUUUAGAGAAUAUUAAGAUAUCACAUUUUAGAAUUUAAUUAUAGAGAAAUAAAAUGAAAAUUAAGGGAAAUUCUUUUGCAUAUUCACGCUUUUCGCAAUGUGUUUUUAUGGGAGAAAAAAAAAGUAAUUAAGGAAACAAUGAUGAUAAAUUUCCAAUAACAAAAUUAUACAGAAAUGAAAAAUUAAAUGAUAAUUUUUUUUUGUGGAUUUGUCCUGAAUAAAUGAUGAAUAUUGAAAAAAAAUCUCCUUACCUGUAUGAAUGAGAAAUAAUCUGAAUAAAUAUACUGAAAUGAAA